UCCCCUCCCAAUCAUGUGAUUCAGGUGUCCCAAUCCCCUCCCAAUCAUGUGAUUCAGGUGUCCCAAUCCCCUCCCAAUCAUGUGAUUCAGGUGUCCCAAUUUCCCAUAUCAUGUGAUUCAGGUGUCCCAAUCCCCUCCCAAUCAUGUGAUUCAGGUGUCCCAAUCCCCUCCCAAUCAUGUGAUUCAGGUGUCCCAAUCCCCUCCCCCAAUCAUGUGAUUCAGGUGUUUCAAUCUAUUCCAUAUCAUGUGAUUCAGGUGUCCAAUCCCUCUCCAUAUCAUGUGAUUCAGGUGUUCCAAUCCCCUCCAUAUCAUGUGAUUCAGGUGUCCCACUCCCCUCCAUAUUAUGUGAUUCAGGUGUUCCAAUCCCCUCCCAAUCAUGUGAUUCAGGUGUUCCAAUCCCCUUCCAAUCAUGUGAUUCAGGUGUCCCAAUCCCCUCCAAUCAUGUGAUUCAGGUGUUCCAAUCCCCUCCAUAUCAUGUGAUUCAGGUGUCCCAAUCCCCUCCAUAUCAUGUGAUUCAGGUGUUCCAAUCCCCUCCAUAUCAUGUGAUUCAGGUGUUCCAAUCCCCUCCAUAUCAUGUGAUUCAGGUGUUCCAAUCCCC